GCCACUUUCUGCCUACUUACGCUGCGUAUGUACGCUGUAAAUAUAUCUAUGAAGAGUUUGGAGGAUAUCUCCCUAUUUCGUAUAAAGGCUCACUUCUCGCGCUGUUUCUACGUUGGGCACAUAUCCUCAUCCCUCUGGUGGUUGGUGGACUUGGUAGGGUAGCGGACCUAUACCAAUACCUACCUACCUACCCUACCCACGCAUACACGUACGUCACGUACCAACCUUGGUCUAGAUAUAUCGCGCCCGCGCAUACGACAACUUUCUUGCCACCUACCGCAUUUCAUUUCUCCGGUAUCCUAUCGUCUGUCUAAUAUCCGUCUAAGUAAAUCCCUAAGUACGUAUUCCUGAGCGACGUGCUCUCCCUUCAUCUCUCUUCAGGAACCUCAAAAAAUGAAGAGAGCCAAACAAGAAUUAAAGAAUUAAAAAAAAAUAUAAAAUAUAAAAUAUUAAAAAAAAAAAAAAAAAAAAAAAAAAAAAAAAAAAAAAGAGUCUCGAUCCACCCCGAAACCUGGGUCACAAAGAAGGCCUUAUCCCAGAACUCCUCUCAGAGCAGUUCUUGCUAGGUUCCUUUGAAAGGAAGCAGCACAGGCCAGGCCAGGGGUAGAAAAAGGACGGCAACAUAGUCUUCCUAGGAGAAUGGAGGAAUUGAAUGAAGCCGUCCUCAGCCCGGCUACUACGGCAAUAGCCAGCAGCAGUCGAUUGGCUCGGGUUGGAUGAGACAGUGACAUUGAUAUUCUUACGUUUUGUACUGCCUGUCUGUCCUACCCACGGGACAUGUACAGCAUAUAUGUAUGUCUGUCCGUCCACGGAUGUGGAAUCAGAGACACACAGAUUGUAUCUACUUAGGUAUGCUUCCCUGAUGGCUAUGUAUGUAUAUGUUUAAAUCUGUACAUGUGUACGGAGCAUUUACAGUAUAUGUGAAUAUAUCAUGCAUUGUUACUAGUUGGGCAGGUGAUUUGUUCUUGAUCCUCUGUGAUGUAUUUCCAUCCAAAAAGGUCGAAACUAUAUUAGUUACUCCGUACAUGUAUGGAUAUUACCUGGCUAGAACACACCAGCCACAUAUUCUCAGCCACAACUCAAUUGAACCAGCCUCACGCUAACCAUCUCUCAAACCAAAAACCAAUCAACAGCCGCCAUGGAUAUUCUUUAAACGAAGAUUCCUUCCCUCAUUAUUACUAUUUUUCAUCGGGUUUCAGUCCGGUCCAGCCCCUCAGCCCCCGUCGAUCCCUUCUCACUCUAUUCACGCUUUUUUUCUCUUUUUCUCAUCUUCUUAUCUUCUCAACAUAACCACGCUAAAACCCGCCUAGACUCAUCAUUUCACACGCCGGUAUACUCUUCACAGAUUGACCUACAGCAAACUCUUGCUAAGAAAGGAAAAAGAAGGAAUUAUACUGUAAUAAAUUUUAGCUAUUAAUAAUGAACAAUUUUACUUAAUCAAACAAAGGCUAACUAACUAUAUUAAUUAUCAAUAAUAUUAUGAAGUACUUCUUAUAAGUUAUACAUAAACACAUAUUCUGUGGCGGGCUGCGUCUGAUCAUUAUAUAGCCUAUUUUAUUACACUUCAUAGAUUUCACUGAAAGCUCUGAUUCUCAGUCAUUCUCAAUCACUGAUUCUCAGCUGAAAAACUCAUGAAAUUUCUAUUCUUUCACUCUGAAGCUUCACUGUGUACACACUGUGUAUAUGUAUAAAUAUUCACUCUGAUUACUGAUUCUCAUACUUUCUCUUUCUUUUUCUUCUUU